AUGUCGGCCCACCAAAUGAUCUUACAGGAUGCUCUUAAAGAAGCAGGGGAAAUCAAGGGAUACGAUAUGAAGACCGAAGCUGAAGGGUAUGCUCUCUCUCCUUUGGAAAGAAGGCAAGAUUAUUCUGUUCUUUGCUUUUUGGCAGGAAAGAAGGCAAGAUUAUUCUGUUCUUUGCUUUUUGGCAGGAAAGAAAUCAAGAUUAUUCUGUUGAUUGUCAAGGAUGCUUUGGAUAAAGUCAACAAGGUGGUGUGGGAUGUAGCAAAAUACCCUGUUGGACUUGAUUCUCGUGUGAAUCACAUGAUGAAGCUGUUGGAUGUGGAUACCCCUGGCCUUCGAAUUGUUGGCAUCUAUGGGAUGGGCGGAGUCGGGAAGACAACCCUCGCAAAGGCCGUCUACAACAGAAUUUCUUCCAGAUAUAAAGCUAGUUGCUUCUUUUCAAAUAUCAAAGAAGCAUCGACAAAAUUCGAUGGGCUCGUCGCCCUGCAAAAGCAACUCAUCUCUGAGGUUCUGCAUGACAAAUAUACAUCCAUAGAUAGUGUGAGUCAGGGGAUCAACGUAAUCAAAAGAAGAGUACACAGCAAGACCGUUCUUAUUGUCCUUGAUGAUGUGAGUGAUGUUAGCCAACUUCAGGCAUUGGCUGGUGAACGGAAUUGGUUUUCUCCGAGAAGCAGGAUCAUCAUUACGACAAGAAAUAAGCACAUACUGAAUUUGCAAGGAUUGAAAGAAGAUGAGACCUACCAACUUGAAGAAUUGAACCCGAAGGAAUCCCUUCAGCUGUUCAGUUAUCACGCCUUUGGAACUGCCAAACCAAUUGAGAAAUAUGUGGACUUAUCCAUGAAGGUUGUGAGGGUUACUGGUGGACUUCCCCUGACACUUGAAGUUUUAGGGUCUCUUUUCUUUGACAAGAAUGGCUCUAAAGAAUGGGAGGACCUGCUGGAGCGAUUGAAACGGGAUCAAUCGAAAGACGUUCACCUGAGGUUAAAGAUAAGUUAUGAUGGAUUGGAUGUGAAUGAGAAGCAAAUAUUUCUAGAUAUUGCAUGCUUUUUCAUUGGGAAAGGCAAAGAAAGAGCUAUCCACAUGUGGAAAGAUUCCCACUUCUUCCCAAGCAUCGCAAUCAAAGUUUUAUUGCAAAAGUCUCUAAUUAAAAAUAAGAGUGGUGAGUUUGAAAUGCAUGACCAGCUUCGAGAUAUGGGCAGGCAAAUCGUGGUUCAAGAAAGUCCUUUGAGGCCCGGUCUGCGUAGCAGGCUUUGGGAUUCUGCUGAAAGCUUGGAAGUAUUACACAACCUAGAAGGAACGAGUAACAUUGAAGCUAUUGCCCUUGACAUUGGGAAGAAAGACCUAACAGAUUUAAGAACUGAGGCUUUUGCUGCAAUGUCCGGGCUCAGACUGCUACACAUUGCCAAUGUGAAUUUUGCUGGUGAUUUUACUUGCAUUCCCAACAAGCUAAAAUGGUUGAAAUGGGAAGGAUGCCCCUUCAAGUCGUUGCCUUCUGAGUUUAAUCUUCAGGAAGUUGUUGUGUUGGACUUAUCUUUUGGCAUGGUCAGUGAGGUUUGGAACCGAGACGUGUCGAUGAUCAAGGCCUUUGGUAGAUUAAGAGUGCUCAAUCUGAUGGACUGUAAGCAUCUUACUGCUACACCAGAUUUUUCUAACACUCCUCACAUGGUUAAAUUGAUACUCGAUCGAUGCAUUUUGUUGGCCCAAGUUCAUGAAUCCGUUGGGUGCCUCAAGAAUUUGAUUUGCCUGAGUAUGAGAGAUUGCUACCAACUGAAGGAAUUACCCAACAGCAUUUGUGAAUUGAGCUCGCUUGAAACACUUGACCUUCACAGAUGCUCCAAAGUUUCAGCAUUGGCGAUGCAUGUGGGGGACAUGGAAUCAUUGAAACGUCUCAUACUUGACCAGACAAAAAUAAAGACACUGCCCGACUCCAUGAGACAACUGAAGAAGCUCAAUCUACUGUCUCUAGAUGGGUGCAGAUCGCUGACAGAGCUUCCUGAAUGGAUAGGAAGCAUGGAAUCUUUGAGAAACCUGACAUUGCGAGGCAGCACCGUGGAAAGAAUUCCAGAAUCUAUUGGGCAGUUGACCAAUCUAGUAAGACUAAAUGCUGAACGUUCUAGUAUUGUCGCUUUGCCCCAUUCUAUUGGCAAGGCGAAGAACCUGAGAAGAAUUUAUGUGGAUCAUACAGCAAUUGAGGAGGUACCAGAUUCAAUUGGAUCACUGGAAAGACUAGAGAUAUUUUCAUUAGAUGGUUGUAAUCACAUCAAAUUUUUUCCUUCUUCCAUUGGGCUUCUCAAAAAUCUUGCAGAAUUAUCAAUAGGUGCAACACUGGGAUGCACCGGUGGUAUAAGAGAGCUCCCUGAAAGCUUUGGAAGCCUCACCGCUUUGAGACGUUUAUACAUAAAUCUUAACGCUGAGCUUCUCACAGUUCCUUCUAGUUUUUUCCAGAUCAGUUCAUUGGAGGAUUUGAGCGCCCAUGGCUGUAACUGGCUAGAAGGGGUAGACGGAAAUGAUUUUUCUAAAUUGUCUUCAUUGAAAAAGUUGAACUUAGCAGACGGCAAUUUCUACACCCUACCUUCUUUGCUUUUGUGA